CCCGAGAGUGCGCGACGGUUUCCGGUUUCCGUGACGCUCCUGAGGCAAGAUGGCGUCGGGCAGCGGGACUAAAAACCUGGACUUCCGCAGGAAGUGGGACAAAGAUGAGUAUGAAAAGCUUGCAGAGAAACGGCUCACGGAAGAGAGAGAGAAGAAAGAUGGCAAGCCACUACAGCCCGUCAAGCGGGAGCUUCUUCGGCACCGGGACUACAAGGUGGACCUGGAAUCCAAACUGGGGAAAACCAUCGUUAUCACCAAAACAACUCCUCAGUCUGAAAUGGGCGGGUAUUACUGUAACGUCUGCGACUGUGUAGUGAAAGAUUCCAUCAACUUCUUGGAUCAUAUCAAUGGCAAAAAACAUCAGAGGAACCUGGGCAUGUCGAUGAGAGUGGAGCGCUCGACGCUGGAUCAAGUGAAGAAGCGCUUUGAAGUGAACAAGAAGAAGAUGGAGGAGAAGCAGAAGGAUUACGACUUUGAGGAGAGGAUGAAAGAGCUCCGGGAAGAGGAGGAAAAGGCCAAAGCCUACAAGAAAGAAAAACAGAGGGAGAAGAAGAGGAGGGCAGAGGAAGACUUGACGUUCGAGGAGGACGACGAAAUGGCGGCCGUGAUGGGCUUCUCUGGGUUCGGCUCGACCAAGAAGAGCCACUGAGCAGCCCUGGACUUUUCCUCUAGACAGAGCUUGUUCCUGCCCAGGUCACACUUGAAAAGCCUUGGACGAUUUUGCAGGGAAUUUCUACCUAGAUGCCCAGAUAGGCAGUGGCAUUGGGAGUUGGGGAGGAAUUCCAGACCCCUCCUGCGUGAGGCCAGCUGUGCCCGCCUCAGCCGUAGCACCCUCUUCCCUGCAAAGAUAGCAUCACACUUGCCUGUACGGUGGUAAACCUCAGUAUCCAAUAAACGACUUUUAAAUUGGCAUCCUCCUUCCCCCGAAGUCCUUACAGUGCUUUGGGGGGAGGGGUCAACCUGUUGCCAUUCUUCCUUUCUUUGAAAUCUCUUCGUUGACCAUGAACUUGCUGCCGUUUUUUCUUCUGGCACCCUGCUCCCCCGGGGGCCCCCUCCCCUUUCCUGCCUGCUUCUCACUUUGUGUUGUGUGGCCUUGUGUGCACGAGAGACAUUCUUCUGCAGAUCUUUUUCUAUUAAUAAACAGAUAAAA